AUGAGAAACCCUCUUUUGCUCGUCACGUUCUUUGCGACAAGCUUUGCGACUGCCCUAGUCGUGCCUGAGGGCAAGGUCCCCGUGGGCAAGGUUCCUACUGGCUUCUCUCUCGAGGCGAGCACGCGCAGUGGCUCCAAGCCCAGCUUUGUCAAGGCGCUUGUGGCUGCAAAGGAGAAAUGGGGCGGUGGUGUUUCACGAGAGACCCUGGAGGCCUUUUCUCUUCUUGAGGACGAUGGUCAGGUGAACGUGGAGCCUCUCGAGAACGACGCCAUCUACAUCGCCGACGUCAAGAUUGGAAACCCUCCCCAGACGGUCAAGAUUGCUAUCGACACUGGAUCUGCCGACUUUUGGGUGCAAUCCUCCGACACCAUCUAUCGAUUCAACCCCGAGGGACCCUGGGCUCCUCAGUACAAGCCCAACAUGUCCAGGACCUCUCGUCGCCUCCGCGAUGCGAUGUGGGAUGUUUCCUAUGUCGACGGUUCUCAUGCUCACGGCAGCGUCUAUCUCGACACGGUCCGCAUGGGCGGCUUCGAACUCAAGGACGCAGCCAUCCAGUCAGCGCACAUCGUUGCCAUGCGGUUUGAGACUCGCACUGAGAUCACGGGCAUCAUGGGCCUCGCCAAGAACCUCUCCAGCAACGUCAGCCCUCAGACUCCCUCUCUGCUCGAUACGCUGCGUCCCCAUCUCGACAGCCCAGUCUUCACCGCCGAUCUGCGUCGCAAUGCCACAGGCCGCUUCGAUUUUGGUCGUAUCGACGAGAGCCGGAUCAAGGACAACAUCACGUGGGUCAACACGCGCGAGGACAGUCCUCACUGGGAUGUCACCUUUGACAUGACAGCCUGGAACGGUCAGCGUCGUGUCUGGUUCGCCCACACGUUCGAGGCCACCGUCGACACGGGCACCUCGCUGCUGUUCAUGCCCCCUUCCCUUGCCGCUCUGUACUGGUACGACGUGCCAGGCAUGCGCGUCGACCCUCGUCUCGACAACUCCUUUACCUUUCCCUGCCAGUUUGCCGACGGUCUGCCAGACCUGAUGUUCAAGAUACCCAGCACAGAGCACAUCUUGACCAUUCCCGGGUCGUACCUCAACUAUGGACCUGUCAAGGACGAUCCAGAGUACUGCUGGGGAGGCAUGCAGAGCGCUGAUGCUAUUGGCGGCGUCACCAUCUUUGGUGACGUGGUGCUCAAGGCGCUGUACGUUGCUUUCGACCUAGAGAACAACAAGGUUGGGUUUGCCAACAAGUAUCUCGACGAUAUCGAUGAGUGA